AUGCGUUAUCAUCCGUUGGUACACCUCGUCACAAGCGCGAUCCUCGUCGCAGCUCAAAAUGAAGCGUCGGAAGAGAUAGACCUGGGUUUGAUCAAUGCUUCUGACAAUACCACUGACGCUUUAGGUUGGUGGGACCACGGAUACGGAGAACCCCUCAACGCGAUCAUCUCCAACAAAUCCCACCCCUCCCUCCUCACCUCCCUCUCCUCCUGGUCCAAACCUUCAUUCAACCAUUAUUUCCUCGCACACUACCUUUCUGACGAAUGUCUAGGCCAGAGCGGACCGAACAAGAUGUUGGCCGACUUGCAUGACGGAAGGGGGAUGCAGCCGGAAGUAGGGUUGAAACGAUGGACGUAUGAGGACGAUUACCUCGGGACGUGUAUCCAGACUUUCGAUGGGGGUUUGCAUUUCCGGUAUUUCGUUCAGAACACUAGCCAUAGCCAGGUCACGCGGGAGUCUGCUACAGGCGGGGCGAUCUUUUUGGCGGUCUCUGAGGAACACGACUUGACGAAGAACCACGAUAUCGUGUUUGAUGGGUAUAACCUCGGUCGGGAUUACCUCGUUGGGAACCUUACGCAACAGCGAAUCGAGACCAAAGCAUCAGGAUUGAAUAGUAGUACAGGUAGUCUGGAUAGGGUCACGGUGAUAGACCCGUCGAUUGAAUAUCAGGGGACCAAGGUGUUCGAAGGGAUCACUUACAAGACGUCGGUGAGGUACCAUGCGGGUUUGGCUAGGAAUACCAGCGACAAGAUCAACCACGAAGCCAAGGUUACCACCCCCGGGAUCCCGGCUGUGGACGGUUGGGUGGCGGUCAUCACUAUCGAUGUCGACGAGGGGCAGACAGGGUGA